AUGGCGGACUUGGUCGUGGGCAGAGACAAGUGCGGGGAGCAGCGCCUCGUGUCGCUGCCCCUGUCCCGCAUCCGGGUCAUCAUGAAGAGUUCGCCCGAGGUGUCCAGCAUCAACCAGGAGGCGCUCGUGCUCACCGCUAAGGCUACGGAACUCUUUGUCCAGUAUCUAGCCACCUAUUCCUACAGACACGGCAGCGGGAAAGAGAAGAGAGCACUCACCUACCAUGACCUGUCCGAUGCUGCAGAGGAAUCGGAGACGUUCCAGUUUCUGGCAGAUAUUUUACCAAAGAAGAUACUAGCCAGUAAGUAUCUGAAGAUGCUUAAGGAGAAGGAGGAGGAAGAAGAGGAGGAGGAGAAUAACAACGAUGAAAGUGAUGAAGCAGAAUCCUAA